CUCUCUUCCACUACUUUCUUGGUUUUUGCCUUCUGGGUCUGUUUCAUUAUGUUGAAGUUUUGCGAUUUCAGAGGGUUUCAAUCCAUGAAACUUCUGAUGAUGGUGUUGUUAUCGAUCUUUCUUCUUGUUUCUGGUGAUGAAGAUGCAUUCAUCGGAGUGAACAUCGGAACUGAUCUUUCCGACAUGCCACACCCAACUCAGGUCGUCGCCCUCCUCAAAUCACAACAAAUCCGUCAUGUCCGUUUAUACGACGCCGAUCGAGGGAUGCUCACCGCCCUCGCCAGCACCGGAAUCAAAGUCGUCGUCACUAUCCCGAACGACCAACUCCUCGGAAUCGGCCAAUCCAACUCCACCGCCGCCCACUGGGUAUCCCAAAACAUCGUUGCUCAUUACCCCGCCACCAACAUCACCACCAUCUGCGUCGGCUCCGAGGUCUUCAACAACCUCCCAAACGUCGCCCCUGUUCUAGUCACAGCCCUCAAAUUCAUCCACGGCGCUCUCGUAGCAUCAAAUCUCGAUCGUCAGAUCAAAGUAUCAACACCCAUCGCAUCCACUAUCAUCCUCGAUUCCUUCCCGCCGUCACAAGCUUUCUUCAACCAUUCAUGGAGUCCGGUAAUGGCGCCGCUUCUUAAGUUCCUCCAGUCCACCGGAUCUUCUCUUAUGCUUAACAUAUACCCGUAUUACGAUUACAUGAACUCAAACGGGGUAAUACCUUUGGAUUACGCUUUAUUCAAACCAUUGCCGGCGAACAAAGAGGCGGUGGACGCGAACACCCUUUUACACUACACCAACGUCUUUGACGCCAUGGUGGACGCCGCCUACUACGCCAUGGCUUCCCUGAACGUCACGAAUGUUCCAGUUCUUGUAACAGAGUCCGGUUGGCCGUCAAAAGGCGACCCAAACGAACCAGAUGCCACUUCAGACAACGCAAACACCUACAACAGUAAUUUAAUCAAACAUGUUUUGAAUCAAACCGGAACUCCUAAGCAUCCUGGGAUUCCGGUGAGUACUUACAUCUACGAGCUAUACAACGAAGACAUUAAAGAAGGGUCUGUUUCAGAGAAGAAUUGGGGACUUUUUGAUGCGAAUGGGAAACCGAUUUAUACUCUACAAUUGACGAAUUCGGGUCCGACUUUUGCUAACAAUACUGGGAAUCUGAGUCAUUGUGUAGCCAUGGAAGGUGCUGAUAAGAAAAUGUUGCAGGCGGCGUUGGACUGGGCUUGUGGGCCGGGGAAGGUGAACUGUUCGGCGUUGUUGCAGGGGCAACCGUGCUAUGAACCGGAUAAUGUGGUGUCACAUGCGAAUUUUGCUUUUGAUGCUUAUUAUCAUAUGAUGGGUAGAGGUGAAGGGACUUGUGAUUUCAAUGGCGUUGCUACGUUGACCUCCACUGAUCCAAGUCAUGGUUCUUGUCAGCUUUUUGGAAAUGGUGGGAUGAAUGGGACGUUUUUGAACAGCACCAUAGCUGAUUUUAAUUCUACAAGCUCCGCCGCAGGUGGCGGCGGCUAUGGUGGUGCUGGUGUUUUGAUGAAGGUUGUAUUUGUAUUGGCCGUGGUGUUCUUGUGAUUGAUUGUGAGAGGGAUGUUAUUGGUCCGGUUCAGGUGGAGGAGAAUUCUUCCGAUUUUGGUGGUUUUUGUGUGGACCGGAGGGGUGGUUUUGUACAAAAGGAGAAUGAUGGAGGGUUAGUUUUAGAAUGCCAUUUUUUUGUUGUAACUUUUAAUUGGAGUUGUUGUUGUUUAUUGUUGGACUUGGGC